AUGUCGUCCUCUGCCGCUCUUCUUCUCCUAGGCCUCGGCCUUCUACUGGCCUUUGUCAACGCUCAAGUCAACAGCGGAAGUGAGCUUUUCUAUUAUUUUUUUGUUAUCGAUUAAUUUUAAAGCUUUUUUUUGAAAAUAAAAAAAAGAAUCUACAUCCCAGUAAUAACGACUUUGAAUAAACAGUAAUUUCUUUCCCUAAUUUCCUAAUAUUUCCAUUUUAAAUCUCUUAUCCACUCCAAAAGAGUCUUCACUUUAUAUUUUAAUCAAAAACUCCCAAAAUGUUUCAGGCUGGAGUAGAGUCGACUUACCUGGAGUCCAAUACGGCACCUUCUCCAACGUCAACAACGGGGGCGUCGGCUACGGGGCCGGCGGUCCGAUUGUCGGUCCGGUCGGUGGCCCAAUCGGCCCGGGCUACGGAGGACCCAUCGGUCCAGGUUACGGUGGCGGCUUCGGACGCGACAGGUACAGUAUUGCGUUUGCCUGGAUACUGUAAAUUGUCCAGAUGCUAAAAGUUGACUGAUCCCAAGGCUUCACCACCAACUAUAACCAAACUUCCGCCAGUUGAAUACUAAGGAACCACAAAUUUAUAUUAUAACCUCUAUAGGGACCACUCUGGCGUUCCUAAGAAGGGAAGGUUUUGAGAUUUUGUCGGCUUUUGGAGACGUUUGAAAAAUAUUUUUUAAAUCUUUUUUCGUUUCAGAUUCAACCGCCGCGAGGGAUUCGACCGUGGAUUCGACCGCGGGUUCGAUCGGGGCUUCGAACGCGGCCAUCACCAUCAUCACCACCACUACCGUGGCGACUUCUAUCCUCGGCGGAUCUAA